GGACGCGUGAGCCAGUCGCGGUAGCUGCGGCCGCCGGGGCGGAGCCUGCGAGGAGCAGGUCCCGGACUCUCGAGCGCCCCGCCCCCGCGCGGGCGAUGCCGAGCGGCGCGGCGGGCAGCGGGGCCCGGCGGGGCGUGCAGAGGAGCGGGCCGCGGCGCUGAGGCGGCGGAGCGCGGCCCGGCCAUGGGCUUCCUGCACCAGCUGCAGCUGCUGCUCUGGAAGAAUGUGACGCUGAAGCGCCGGAGCCCGUGGGUCCUGGCUUUUGAGAUCUUCAUCCCGCUUGUCCUCUUCUUCAUCCUGUUGGGGCUGCGGCAGAAGAAGCCCACCAUCUCCGUGAAGGAAGUCUCUUUCUACACCGCAGCACCCCUGACGUCUGCCGGCAUCCUGCCCGUCAUGCAGUCGCUUUGCCCUGAUGGCCAGCGGGAUGAGUUUGGUUUCCUGCAGUAUACCAACUCCACGGUCACCCAGCUUCUAGAACGCCUCAACCAAGUCGUGGAAGAGGGCAACCUGUUUGACCCAGUGCGACCCAGCCUGGGCUCCGAGCUUGAGGCCCUGCGUCAACAUCUGGAGGCGCUCAGCUCAGGCCCUAGUACCUGGGAAAGCCACUCAACCAGACCUGCAGUCUCUUCCUUCUCUCUGGACUCGGUGGCCAGGGACCAGAGGGAGCUUUGGCGUUUCCUGAUGCAGAACCUGUCACUGCCCAACAGCACAGCCCAGGCCCUCCUGGCUGCCCGUGUGGACCCUUCUGAGGUCUAUCGCUUGCUUUUGGGUCCUUUGCCUGCCCUGGAUGGGAAGUUGGGUUUCCUCAGGAAGCAGGAGCCAUGGAGCCGCCUGGGUAGCAAUCCUCUGUUACGGAUGGAGGAGCUGCUGCUGGCUCCUGCCCUCCUGGAGCAGCUCACAUGUGCGCCAGGCUCUGGGGAGCUGGGCCGGAUUCUUACCAUGCCUGAGGGUCAUCAGGUAGACCUGCAGGGCUACCGGGAUGCCGUCUGCAGUGGGCAGGCUACAGCUCGUGCCCAACGCUUCAGUGAUCUGGCCACUGAGCUCCGGAACCAGCUGGACAUGGCCAAGAUUGCCCAGCAGCUGGGCUUGGAUGUCCCCAACGGCUCAGACCCCCAGCAGCAGCCACCAUCCCCACGGAGCCUGCAGGCACUCUUGGGAGACCUGCUGGACGCCCAGAAAGUUCUGCAGGAUGUGGAUGUCCUAUCAGCUCUUGCCCUGCUGCUGCCCCAAGGCGCCUGUGCUGGCCGGGCCCCCGCAUCUCAAGCUAGCAGCCUGAGCGGAGUGGCCAACAGCACUGGGCCAGGGGCGAGCACAGGUUCCAACACCACCGUGGAGGAAGGAACCCAGUCACCUGCAACCCCAGCCUCUGCUGACACUCUGCAAGGCCAGUGCUCAGCCUUUGUGCAGCUCUGGGCUGGCUUGCAGCCCAUCUUGUGUGGCAACAACCGCACCAUUGAACCUGAGGCGCUUCGGAGGGGCAACAUGAGCUCCCUGGGCUUCACAAGCAAAGAGCAACGGAACCUGGGCCUUCUUGUGCACCUCAUGACCAGCAACCCCAAAAUCCUGUAUGCACCAGCAGGUUCUGAAGCUGACCGUGUCAUCCUCAAGGCCAAUGAGACCUUUGCCUUGGUGGGCAAUGUGACGCACUACGCCCAGGUCUGGCUCAACAUCUCCUCGGAGAUCCGAAGCUUCCUGGAGCAAGGCAGGCUGCAGCAGCAUCUACAUUGGCUGCAGCAGUACGUGGCUGAUCUGCGUCUGCACCCCGAAGCGAUGAACUUGUCACUGGAGGAGCUGCCACCUGCCCUGCGCCAGGACAACUUUUCCCUGCCCAAUGGCACAGCCCUCCUACAGCAGCUAGACACAAUUGACAAUGCAGCCUGUGGCUGGAUCCAGUUCAUGUCCAAGGUGAGUGUAGACAUCUUCAAGGGUUUUCCUGAUGAGGAGAGCAUUGUCAAUUACACACUCAACCAGGCCUACCAGGAUAACGUCACAGUAUUUGCCAGUGUGAUCUUCCAGACACGGAAGGAUGGCUCCCUCCCUCCACAUGUACAUUACAAGAUUCGCCAGAAUUCAAGCUUCACUGAGAAAACCAAUGAGAUUCGACGGGCUUAUUGGCGCCCAGGGCCCAACACUGGUGGCCGCUUCUACUUCCUCUAUGGCUUCGUCUGGAUCCAGGACAUGAUGGAGCGUGCCAUCAUCAACACAUUUGUGGGGCAUGACGUGGUGGAGCCUGGCAACUAUGUGCAGAUGUUCCCGUACCCCUGCUACACCCGUGAUGACUUCCUGUUCGUCAUAGAGCACAUGAUGCCACUGUGCAUGGUGAUCUCUUGGGUCUACUCAGUGGCCAUGACCAUUCAGCAUAUCGUGGCAGAGAAAGAGCAUCGGCUCAAGGAGGUGAUGAAGACAAUGGGCCUGAACAACGCUGUGCACUGGGUGGCCUGGUUCAUCACGGGCUUUGUACAGCUAUCCAUCUCAGUGACAGCUUUGACGGCCAUCCUCAAGUACGGCCAGGUGCUCAUGCACAGCCACGUCCUCAUUAUCUGGCUCUUCCUUGCUGUCUACGCUGUGGCCACGAUCAUGUUCUGCUUCCUGGUGUCUGUUCUGUACUCGAAGGCUAAGUUGGCCUCAGCCUGCGGUGGCAUCAUCUACUUCUUGAGCUAUGUUCCCUACAUGUAUGUAGCAAUCCGUGAGGAAGUGGCCCAUGAUAAGAUCACUGCCUUCGAGAAGUGCAUUGCGUCCCUGAUGUCCACAACAGCCUUUGGCCUGGGCUCCAAGUACUUCGCACUGUAUGAGGUGGCAGGCGUGGGUAUCCAGUGGCACACAUUCAGCCAGUCCCCAGUGGAAGGGGACGACUUCAACCUGCUCCUUGCUGUCACCAUGCUUAUGGUGGACACAGUGGUCUAUGGCGUGCUCACUUGGUACAUUGAGGCAGUGCACCCAGGCAUGUAUGGGCUGCCCCGGCCCUGGUACUUCCCACUGCAGAAGUCUUAUUGGCUGGGCAGUGGGCGGACAGAGGCCUGGGAGUGGAGCUGGCCAUGGGCACACACACCACGCCUCAGCGUUAUGGAGGAAGACCAGGCCUGUGCCAUGGAGAGCCGCCACUUUGAGGAGACACGUGGUAUGGAGGAGGAGCCCACCCACCUGCCCUUGGUCGUCUGUGUGGACAAGCUCACCAAGGUCUAUAAGAAUGACAAGAAGCUGGCCUUGAACAAACUGAGCCUCAAUCUCUAUGAGAACCAGGUGGUCUCUUUCCUAGGCCAUAAUGGGGCUGGCAAGACCACUACCAUGUCUAUCCUGACCGGACUGUUCCCACCCACGUCGGGCUCAGCCACUAUCUAUGGGCACGACAUCCGCACAGAGAUGGACGAGAUCCGCAAGAACCUGGGCAUGUGCCCACAGCACAAUGUGCUUUUUGACCGGCUCACUGUGGAGGAGCAUCUCUGGUUCUACUCACGCCUCAAGAGCAUGGCACAAGAGGAGAUCCGCAAAGAGAUGGACAAGAUGAUUGAGGACCUGGAGCUCUCCAAUAAACGGCACUCGCUGGUGCAGACACUGUCUGGAGGCAUGAAGCGCAAGCUCUCUGUGGCCAUUGCCUUUGUGGGUGGCUCUAGAGCCAUUAUCUUGGAUGAGCCCACGGCUGGCGUAGACCCCUAUGCUCGACGUGCCAUCUGGGACCUCAUUCUGAAGUACAAGCCAGGCCGCACUAUCCUCCUCUCCACCCACCACAUGGAUGAGGCCGACCUGCUGGGGGAUCGGAUUGCCAUCAUCUCCCACGGAAAGCUCAAGUGCUGCGGGUCUCCCCUCUUUCUCAAGGGUGCCUAUGGUGAUGGGUACCGCCUCACAUUGGUCAAGCGGCCUGCAGAGCCUGGCACCUCCCAAGAGCCAGGGCUGGUAUCCAGCCCCCCAGGUCGUGCUCAGCUGAGCAGCUGCUCGGAGCCCCAGGUGUCCCAGUUCAUCCGCAAGCACGUGGCCUCGUCCCUGCUGGUCUCCGACACCAGCACUGAGCUCUCCUACAUCCUGCCCAGUGAGGCAGUCAAGAAGGGGGCCUUCGAGCGCCUCUUCCAGCAAUUGGAGCAUAGCCUGGAUGCAUUGCAUCUGAGCAGUUUUGGGCUGAUGGACACAACCCUGGAAGAGGUGUUCCUCAAGGUGUCUGAGGAGGACCAGUCACUGGAGAACAGUGAAGCUGAUGUGAAGGAGUCCCAGAAGGAUGUGCUGCCCGGGGCAGACGGCUUGACAUCUGUGGAGGGUCAAGCUGGCAACCUGGCUCGGUGCUCAGAACUGGCCCAGUCCCAGGCAUCUCUGCUGUCUGCAUCCUCCGUGGGCUCUACUCGUGGUGACGAGGGCACUGGCUACGCCGACGUCUACGGUGACUACCGUCCCCUCUUUGACAACCUGCAGGACCCAGACAAUGUCAGCUUACAAGAGGCAGAAAUGGAGGCCCUGGCUCGGGUAGGCCAGGGCAGCCGCAAGCUGGAGGGUUGGUGGCUGAAGAUACGGCAGUUCCAUGGGCUCCUGGUGAAGCGCUUCCACUGUGCCCGUCGAAACUCCAAAGCCCUUUGCUCUCAGAUUCUGCUGCCUGCCUUCUUUGUCUGUGUGGCCAUGACCGUGGCGUUGUCUGUUCCUGAGAUAGGUGACCUGCCUCCACUGGUCCUGUCACCAUCUCAGUACCACAACUAUACCCAGCCCCGUGGCAACUUCAUCCCCUAUGCUAAUGAGGAACGUCGGGAGUACCGAUUGCGGCUGUCACCCGAUGCCAGCCCCCAGCAGUUGGUGAGCACAUUCCGGCUGCCCUCUGGCGUGGGUGCCACUUGUGUGCUCAAGUCUCCUGCCAACGGCUCCCUGGGGCCCAUGCUGAACCUUACCAGCGGAGAGUCCCGCCUGCUGGCCGCACGGUUCUUCGACAGCAUGUGCCUGGAGUCCUUCACACAGGGACUGCCGCUGUCCAACUUCGUGCCACCCCCACCCUCACCUGCCCCUUCUGACACACCUGUGUCCCUGGAUGAGGACUCGCUGCCAGCCUGGAACGCCUCCCUGCCACCUACGACUGGACCAGAGACAUGGACGUCGGCACCGUCUUUGCCACACCUGGUGCGCGAGCCUGUCCGCUGUACCUGCUCUGCACAGGGCACAGGCUUCUCUUGCCCCAGCAGUGUGGGUGGGCAUCCGCCCCAGAUGAGAGUUGUCACGGGUGACAUCCUGACCGACAUCACCGGCCACAAUGUCUCUGAGUACCUGCUCUUCACAUCUGACCGUUUCCGGCUACACCGAUAUGGAGCCAUCACCUUUGGUAAUGUCCAGAAGUCCAUCCCAGCCUCCUUCGGUGCCCGGGCCCCACCUAUGGUGCGGAAGAUCGCAGUACGGAGGGUGGCCCAGGUGCUCUACAAUAACAAGGGCUACCAUAGCAUGCCCACCUACCUCAACAGCCUCAACAAUGCCAUCCUGCGUGCAAACCUGCCCAAGAGCAAGGGUAAUCCGGCAGCCUAUGGCAUCACCGUCACCAACCACCCCAUGAACAAGACCAGUGCUAGCCUCUCCCUGGAUUACCUACUGCAGGGCACAGACGUGGUCAUCGCCAUCUUUAUCAUUGUGGCCAUGUCCUUCGUGCCGGCCAGUUUCGUGGUCUUCCUUGUGGCAGAGAAAUCCACCAAGGCCAAGCACCUGCAGUUCGUCAGCGGGUGCAACCCUGUCAUCUACUGGCUAGCCAACUACGUGUGGGACAUGCUCAACUACCUGGUCCCAGCUACCUGCUGCGUCAUCAUCCUGUUUGUGUUUGACCUACCGGCCUACACGUCACCCACCAACUUCCCAGCGGUGCUCUCCUUGUUCCUGCUCUAUGGGUGGUCCAUCACACCCAUCAUGUACCCAGCCUCCUUCUGGUUUGAGGUCCCUAGCUCAGCCUACGUGUUCCUCAUUGUCAUCAAUCUUUUCAUUGGCAUCACUGCCACCGUGGCUACCUUCCUUCUGCAGCUUUUUGAGCAUGACAAGGAUCUGAAGGUUGUCAACAGUUACCUGAAAAGCUGCUUCCUCAUCUUCCCCAACUACAACCUGGGCCAUGGGCUCAUGGAGAUGGCCUACAAUGAGUACAUCAAUGAAUACUACGCCAAGAUUGGCCAGUUUGAUAAGAUGAAGUCCCCAUUUGAGUGGGACAUUGUCACACGUGGACUGGUGGCCAUGACAGUUGAGGGCUUCGUGGGAUUCUUCCUUACCAUCAUGUGCCAAUAUAACUUCCUUCGGCAGCCACAACGCCUGCCUGUGUCUACUAAACCUGUGGAGGAUGACGUGGAUGUCGCCAGUGAGCGGCAGAGAGUGCUCCGGGGGGACGCUGACAAUGACAUGGUCAAGAUCGAGAACCUGACCAAGGUGUACAAGUCUCGGAAGAUUGGCCGUAUCCUAGCCGUGGACCGCCUUUGCCUGGGUGUGCGCCCUGGAGAGUGCUUUGGGCUCCUUGGUGUCAACGGAGCAGGAAAGACCAGUACCUUCAAGAUGCUGACCGGCGAUGAGAGCACUACAGGGGGCGAGGCCUUUGUCAAUGGACACAGUGUGCUCAAGGACCUGCUUCAGGUACAGCAGAGCCUUGGCUACUGCCCGCAGUUCGAUGCCCUGUUUGAUGAGCUCACGGCUCGUGAACACCUGCAGCUGUACACACGGCUGCGUGGUAUCCCCUGGAAGGAUGAAGCGCAGGUGGUGGGGUGGGCCCUGGAGAAGCUGGAACUGACAAAGUAUGCGGACAAGCCAGCUGGUACCUACAGUGGCGGCAACAAACGGAAGCUCUCCACAGCCAUUGCCCUCAUUGGGUACCCUGCCUUCAUCUUUCUGGAUGAGCCCACCACCGGCAUGGACCCUAAGGCCAGGCGCUUCCUGUGGAACCUCAUUCUGGACCUCAUCAAGACAGGACGCUCAGUGGUGUUGACGUCACACAGCAUGGAGGAGUGUGAGGCUCUGUGCACGCGGCUGGCCAUCAUGGUGAACGGACGACUGCGCUGCCUGGGCAGCAUCCAGCACCUCAAGAACAGGUUUGGGGAUGGCUACAUGAUCACUGUCAGGACCAAAAGCAGCCAGAAUGUGAAGGAUGUGGUACGGUUCUUCAACCGGAACUUCCCAGAGGCCAUGCUCAAGGAGCGACAUCACACGAAGGUACAGUACCAGCUCAAGUCAGAGCACAUCUCUCUGGCUCAGGUGUUCAGCAAGAUGGAGCAGGUAGUGGGCGUGCUGGGCAUCGAGGACUACUCAGUCAGCCAGACCACCCUGGACAACGUAUUUGUGAACUUUGCCAAGAAGCAGAGCGACAAUGUGGAGCAGCAAGAGACUGAGCCCUCGACCUUGCCAUCCCCCCUUGGACUACUCAGCCUGCUGAGGCCCCGCCCCGCACCCACGGAGCUCCGGGCACUGGUGGCUGAUGAGCCUGAGGACCUGGACACAGAAGAUGAGGGGCUCAUCAGCUUUGAGGAAGAGCGGGCCCAGCUCUCCUUCAACACGGACACGCUCUGUUGACCAUCAAGAACCAAGUCAGGGACGCAGCUGUGGGGGGCAGAAGUCAGGCGGUGGCCAUAGCCCUGUCACACAUGCCAGGCCCUGGAAAGGCAGGUUCAGGACCAAAGGGCUCCCGCCCUCCUCCCAACUACCACCAUCCUCGCCUCAUCCUGCGGUCACUGUGGCCGCCCUCCCCCAAUUGUGCCAAAGGCUGGCCUGGCCCUGGGCUGCACAUACCCUCACCCUGCUUUGCCUUAAAGCCUUGGGUCUUGGCCCAGCCCCUUACCCUACCCAGCACCAUCCACCUUCCCAAGGGUGACAUGGGCUGCCCCAAGCAUCCUGUGACCCUUCUCUGCAGCGGCCCCAAGUCUACCCAGGCCAGCGUCUUGCACAGAUGUCUUUUCGUGGACAUCCCUGACUGCAGAAGGGGGCUGGGCAGCUUGCCUACUUCCUUUGCAUUAAGAGCCUCCCUCACUCUGCUGUUGUGAAGAAGUUAGGCUACCCAUGGGAAGCCAUGAAUGUGGUUGCCUUGGCCCUGGUGGAAUUGCAGGAAUGGAGAAGCUGGGCUUGCUGGCCAGGUGAGGGGCCACUGCCCCCUCCCUGUCCCCUCAAGCUGCCUUUGCUCUCCCAUCCAGCUUGGCCCUUCCCGCCACCCACCAGGGAGCGGGACCUUGUAUAUAGCGCACAGAUGUUUGUUUUCAAUAAAUAAGCAAAA